AUGGACGGGCAGAUAGUCUGUACUCUGCGGUUACCGUUUCGUAAAUUUAGCAGACGAUGUGAUCGAGCCCCUAGUAAACACGAGUUGGAGAUCAGUGGAUAUGACAAGAGUAACAUUGACGCGUUGCUUCCAUUCAACUAUACGUUACACAUAAAAAACUUCCAGGACUCCAGUGACGACGGGGUGUAUUCAUGUUCGACGGAGGGCGAUGUUUCUAUUGGCAGACCGGUGAUGAUAGUGGCAAUGCAACGGCCAGCAGCGGAAUACCCAGUGUGUACGUUUACGUCCAGUAAUGGCAGUUUUAUUAAAGGCAUGGAGACCGAACUGAAUUGCAAUCUACCCGGCGGAUCGCCAUUUCCUGAACUACAGUGGUACCGGACGUCGGCAAAGAGCGGUGAAAUGCUCGAGAAUGUCAGUGGCAUCUUACAUACAAACAAUGCGACAUUGUCUCGCAUAAUAACAAUGGAUGACAUGGAUGCCACUUACACAUGUGUGGCGUCACAUCCUACCUUCGACGAAAGCCACGUUUGUACGGUGGGACCGAUGACGGUUUUCUACGCCCCGCGAGUAAGUGUACAAACUGCAUCUAUAGAUUACAGCGAGAAAAAUAACACAAUAUUUAUGAGAAUUUUAUGUGAAGUGGAUGCCACUCCAAAAUCAACCCAAUUUAAAUGGAGUGUGAAUAACGUUAUUGUUACUUCUAUGCAAAUUGACUCGAACAGUCCCCAUAUAAUCGAAUUGAUACUUCCCUUUGUCAGUGACCUUCGUUUGUCUUCUUCGGUGGUAGUUUGCGAAGCUAGCAAUAUCGUGGGCAGUGGGUACGCCAAAUACCCGAUUAACAAUUUGUCUAAUUUCAGUGAAGGAGCAACUCCAUUACCACUAAUUGAGAAAAUGACAUCACAAUCACUGAUCGGUCCCUUACUAGGUGCCUUUUUUGCCGGCAUCUGUCUGGUAUUUAUAAUAAUAGUCAUUGUGUUCUUAUUAAAAACCAGGAACGUUUCUUUCCGUCGAAGGAAUAAACGCAAUGAAAAUAUAUACACGCAACCAUCAUCACCGCCGUCUAACGGAUCAACUGAUGCGGCGACCCCGUACCACGUUGGGUACAUCCAUCGGGAACAAAACCAGACUAAGCAACCUGAAUCUAAACGUAGUGAUGAUGAUGAUGACCAGCAUAUAUACGAAGACCCAGGUCGCGAGGAAACUGAACCGACCGUCAUCAUUCGAAAGGGGCCAGAUAGUAGUGGCUACACCGCACUUCUCCGCAAACAGACAAACUCGAAUGUAUAUCAGGACUUGGUGGAAGAUCAGAACGCAGAUGGUGCCGAGUACGAAGAUCCGAUCUUUGAAACAAAUGCAGACGACGACGUAUGA